GGUAGGUGCCAGCUGGAUAGCUUGGCUACCUGUAGUUUCCCUACAUACCUAGGGAUGUAUUCUCUUAUCCACUUAAUACAUAAACCCAUAAAGCCAAUGAGAAAAGGAGUGACAAUAGACUUUCUUAAAUUGCAUCCCUUCUCUCCAUUGUUACGCCUGACGGGCUUGUAUAACUCACAAACUCCUAAGCUUACCCGACUAUCCAAUGCUUCGAUCCAGGCACACAGCCCGUCACCGCUAUAGCUUCUGACAAGCUACGUUUUUGUGCUCCUCGAGAAACAUUCGAAAACUAUUCGACAUACGACACCUAGGCCCUGCUUAGGCCAGGUCGUCAUGAAUAUGAAUACGGCUACUGUCUCUAUGGCGGUUACGCCGACCGUCUUGUCGACGUUUUUGUCUCACUAUCUGAAUCGCAGGCCAUUACGCCAGCGACCGACUGCCCAUCUAUCGUAUGACGAAGGCUUACACCUUAUACGGUCCUUCCUUACAUUCGCGUCGCACCACACCAUUGAGGAACUACAGGCUUUCACUUCGCAGUGGGUGCCUCAUCCCCAAUGGGUUAAAGUGGACCAAGUUGAGAUCCCCGAGGAGAGGCUUGUGGAGGCUGCCGGCGUCAUACAAGAACAACUAGGGCCAGAUGGUAUCAAGAAAGUCGGCGGUCAGAAUUGGUGGCAAUGGCGGAAGCCCAAGAGCCCUCUUCAGGCGGAAUGGAUAGAGAUGAAGGCUGACUAUCACGAGCGUAAGAAGGCUAGUGAUCCGGGCCGACGAGUUAUGCUAUAUGUCCAUGGAGGUGCCUAUUUCUUUGGGAGUGUCGAUGAACAUAGGUACCAGAUGCAACGACAUGCUCGGAAGCUGAAGGCUAGGGUUUUUGCUCCCGAGUACCGGCUAGCUCCUCAAUUCCCUUUUCCUUGCGGGCUUCAGGAUUGCUUAGCAGCAUACCUAUAUCUGCUUGAAACCCAAGAUCCAACCACAAUCAUCUUGGCCGGAGAUUCUGCUGGAGGCGGAAUGGUCAUGAGCAUGCUGAUUAUCAUGAGGGACAGGUAUAUCCCUCUUCCAGCUGGUGCCAUUCUCAUUAGCCCUUGGGUGGACUUGACACACUCUUUCCCCAGCGUUUCGGGCGACUGCCCUCUCGACUACAUCCCUCAACACGGGUUUCACCACAAACCAUCAAAGGCGUGGCCUCCUUUAAACGCGGAUGAAUAUGCCUUAUUAAAGGAACAGGUAGCCAAAAACACGAAGUUGGGCACAACUAAAUUGAUGAAGCAGGAAUCAGUGGAAACGAAGCAACUCCCCCAAGAUCUUGCUCAACUAAAUGUGGGAAAGGGAGAAGAUGCUGAUAAUAGCAGUCUUGCCGAAACAGGGUUCAUCUCGGUUAAUCUUGAUGGGAAAGAGGUUAAACUCAAAGACCAGAUUCAGAUGUAUACGACUAACGAGCUUUUGUCGCAUCCUCUGGUCAGCCCUGUGAUGCAACCUAGCCUUGGUGGGUUACCGCCUCUGCUCAUUAUGACAGGGGGCGGAGAAAUCCUCCGAGACGAGCAAAUAUACUUGGCACAUAAAUGCGCAAAUCCUUCCAAAUAUCCACCUCCGGACUCCGCGAUGGAUGAUGUGGCACGAGAACAACUAAAUCGCUACAAACCUACCGAUGUACAGCUGCAAGUCUGGGACGAUCUAUGUCAUGUUGCGCCAACGCUCAGUUUCACCAGACCAGCAAAAUAUAUGUAUCGUUCGGUAGCACAGUUUGGUGCCUGGGCUUUGGCUAGGGCCCAGAAGACCGAGAUCGACAUUCUCGAUGACGAUUCUAUUUCGGUUAUAUCAAGUUCCAGUUCCGUUUAUAGUUCCGAUGCCGGCACUGCGAAUAGAGAAGCUAGGGAAGAAGUUCAAUCUGGGGAAGGCCCCAAAGCUGAAGUAGGAAAAGCUGGGGACCCCUUGCCACCUUUCAAGAACCACAUGAUCCGUCAGCGUGUUAGUCGUCAUGGUAUUAUUACCCCCUUGGCAGCCCCUAGCGAGUUACCCGGUUGUACUAUGGAUCGGAAUGAUAUUGGUGUCGUCAAGGAAACUCCAGUACGAAGAUGGCUCGAAACACGCUCUCAAUGGGAUAAACGCUUCGGGAGUGUCCGUGCUAAAAUUCACAAACGACGCCUUAAGGAGAUGGCCGCGGGAUAUGUAGGCUUCGACGGAGAAAUACCACCCCCAGCCGCUCUUGCUAGCAGACGUAAGCCAGGCGAGGACCUAAAAGAGAAGAAGAAGACCAAGAGCAUGGGUCUUGCACUGUGGUCUCUCUGGGGCUCUAAACAUGACGAAGCUACUGUGCAUCGGGAACACGGAGUUGACAAACCUGGGGUUAAGUAUGCCACCACGGAAGAAGGAGAAGGAGCCCGCUCCCCGUCUGAUAUUAAGCUGCAGGAGGACGGGGCUGCCGACAAGGAAGUGACACGCAAACGAAGUCGGUCAAAAACAAAAACUGUUAGGGACGAGAGUCAGGUUGCAGAAGACGAUGGUGCUCACGAGGACACUCCUAUAUCUGUGCUUAUGGCUAUAAGACAAGAAAAGUCCAGACAAGCCGAUCAGCCGCCCUCGGCCGGAAGUAAUAUGCUCAAGCCAGAUUAUGUUCCAGAUACAGGCGUUACGGGCAAGCGUCCUACCGUCUGCGGUAUUGCCGUACCAUUCAGUCUUGAUAAAGAAGCCGAAACUGCUAGCAUGAUCACGUUGACUUCAGCACUAGACCAGCCAAGUCGAGCCGCAAGUCCGACACCGCUGAACCCGCAGACUCGUGCUAUGGCAUCUACCAGUGCUGCUGUCGUCGCCGCUAUUACCGACAAAGCAAAGGAUGAGGUUAUCGAUCCCGAAGCAGUAAAGAAAGCAGGAUCUACGACCACCAACUCAGCACGAGCCUCCAUUGUUGUCUACAGCGAUGAGAUAGACAACCUUUGGAACGCUAAAGCCCCAAGUAUGGCUACUACACCAUUCACCGAGAAUGGUGAUGCAAAAGGAGUUUACGCUACUGCACCGACGACACCGCUGGUCACUAUCGACGGGGCCCCUCCUGCCACCGAACGUCCCCCGUUGGAGUCAUUCGUUAGUGCGCAGGAAGAUCUACCUACGAAGAAAUAGUUAAUUUGUAUUUUCGGAAGUUGGGGAUUCAGGGAAAAACGGGAUACAACUAUAUACCCAGAUCAUAUCUCAUUUGUCAGACUCAGGACAGUGUGCAUGCCAUUUAUUUACUAUGUCUUUUUAUAUACCCUCGUUUAAAUCUUAUUCAUACCUAGGAUUGGGAAUUGAAUUCUUGCAGUUGCGGGAUUGGAAGCGGUUUUGAAUUUGAGGUGUUAUGCUUCAUGUCAUUUUCUAUAAUUGGUAUAAUACAGAUUCUACA